CUCCUUAUUUAAACCAAACCUAUAAAUAAUAAAAAUUUGUUCCCUCCAUUUUAGAUUCCCUUUCCUCAGUUGAAUCAAUCGAACCCUCGCCGACGGAGCACAUCUCUACUUCCGGUAAGGUUUCUCCGUUGUUGGUUUGUUCUUCAAUUAUUGUAUAAUGACGGAGCCUGGAAAAUUUGAUCCAAGACACUCCGGAGAGUUGUUGAAGCAUAUGGAUAAGCAGAAUGAGAUCCUUAUGGAAGCGUAUAGAUCAAUGUUGCAUGAGUUGCAAAAACUUCAGGUGGAAGAAGAAAUGCUUAUGCGCAAGCUUUAUGAAGUUAUGUCCAUUCGUAGUUCCACUAAACAGAAUGAAGACAACUCCAACACAUCCCAUAAUAGUGAAGGAGCUGAACAGUCCGUUAAUGAAGUCAGUACAGAUCAUGAGGAACAGUAAUGACAAUUCUUGUUGGACACAGAUCACCUACAGUAUAAAGAGAAAAGAAAAACAUGGAUCAUGUCACACAUUGACAUUGACAAUUCCUGAUGCAGUUGAAUCUGCAUGACAUUGACAUAGAUCAUUUAGUGGGUUGUGCAUGUAUGGAGAGGACUUACAGAUUGUAGAUUGGACGAAAGACUGUCCAAUAGUAAUAGGAAGACCAAACCAAAGUCUUUGUUUUAUCAAAAUCUCUAUAUUUAUUUCCUUAACAAGUGUCCUAAAGAUACUCUUUGGGAUUAUGACCAAAGUGUAAAUAAAAGCACAAUUUUUUUCUUGAUUGAGAAUUAAGAGAUUUUGAUCUUC